AUGAACGCCACCCACGCAAACAAACAUCCUCGCGUUCAUCUCCAUGCCGCGGAAUCAUACCAUGGCUCAUCUUCCAAGCAAACCGAUUUCAAGCGAAUGAGCAUCAUUUACAUGAUGGCGAGGCACAAUGGACGGUCGUUUCCGCGCGUCGCACUCACGACCGCACUCCUAACCACGGCUUUCGCAGCACCAGCGCCGCGCCUUCUCCGCCGCGCCUCAACCGACCCCUUCGCCAUUAUCGACGAGCAAAAAUGGGUCAAUCCAGAUAAUAUGACUUGGGGCGACUUCAAGGCGCCGCCGGGAACAUCAUGGUCAGACCCCUCGCGCCAGGGCCGCGACCGCAACUUCAACAUCGCAAUGGUCACGGUCGACUAUCCAGAUUCGCCGUUCGUCAUGACGCUCGAGCCGGAGUCAGACAUCUUCGGCAACCCGCAGGCUUUUGCACCAACGCUUACCAGAGAUGAAGUGCCUGCAUUCUACAAGGAUUUGCUGAACACGCCGAAUGAGUUGAACAAGGGCCACACAAUCCACGAGUACUGGAUGGGCGACUCUUUCGGGAAGUACGGCGUCAACUUAACGGUUUUCGGACCCUACAGAAUGCCGAGCAAUUCCUACCAGUAUGGCGUAGACGACGAUCCAAAUGGCGGUUUCAACGAGGGCGCGUGUCCCGGCGGUCAAGGGAAGUGCGGCACGACAGUCGACUUGCGGACCGAUGCCCUCGGAGCCUGGCGCCUUGAAGUAGGUAACGAGACAGCCGAUGCAUUCGAGCUGGCUUUUAUCCUAUCCGCUGGCCAAGACGAGUCUUCGACCUGGCAGGAGUUCGGCGAGAUGAAAUUCGCAUCGCCGGAGGACGUGCCUGAGGAAUUUGGUCCACCGGCGAAUAGCUCGCUGCCGAACUGGGCGCAUACGCGGUAUGUGAACUGGACUUCUUGGGCUGCAGCAUCUACCAUCUGGCCAAAUGCUGGAGGCGGUUCGUCUACCCAGGGUGAGAGUUCUGGCAUGGCGACUUUCGCUCAUGAGCUCUCUCAUCUCCUCGGCAUUGGCGACAACUACAACAACCCGUUCAGCGAUCCUGCGAGAAGAUCCUACACAGGGCCAUGGUCAAUGCUCUCGCGUGGGAGUUUUAAUGGACCUGGUGGGCCGCACACACGCUGGCAGAUACCGCCUGUACAGGGCGCCUCCAUGGGUUCUUUGCACACAAUGCGCGACAAGCACCAGAUCCAACUCAUUGAUAACACGCCCAUUCUGCAAAUCUCGCGCUCCGGCCUUGCUACGUCUGGUCCCGUCAUCGCGGAGAUCACUGCGCGCUCGGUCGACCCCGGCACGGGGCUCAUGGGCUUCAACGUCUCCUUCGGGGCAUCCGGUGACUUAUCUCCCAAAUGCAACACUAGUACCGACCCUCUCUGCGAUGGUGGGAACUUUAACAACUACAACGUCGAGGUCGUGGACCGCAUGGGCGCCGACAGCUUCACGCCUGACUCGGGCGUCAUGAUAUCCAAGACGAAGGACAGCGACGCGCAGCAGCCGUUCCAGUGGAUGAUCGAUGCGAAUCCGGAGGACGCACAUGUUGUCGAUUUCUACUUACCUAAUGGCACGGCAAGGUACUGGAGUAUUGGCGACUACCGGCAACUUGUAGACGCGCUCUUCCAUGCGGGGACAAGGAGCGGGAGUGAGUACGAGCAUGUGGAUGAGGCGAACGGUCUGCACUUCUACGUGCUGGAUAUUAACCGCGAUGAUACCGGUAUUCUGCACUACACGGUCGGGGUGUCGUCAACCGCUUCGAACACAACGGCGGCCUCAUACGGCGUGGAACUCGGCGAAGGUACCGUCGACGCAACGAACUCGACUAGUGCUUCGUGGUGCGCCUUCACGCUGAAGAAUACGGGUACGGCCCCGUCCAAUGCGUCUAGCGUGCAUCCGCAGGACCUCUCCGCCUACCUGGGAUCAGACAUUUACAAGCUCAGCGCGGAAGUCGAGGGUGAAGGAUGGGCGGUUGAGACGCCGAAUGCGCUAGCAUGGGCGAAGUUCGGCGAGGAGACAACAGCGAGAGUUGCUGUUGGUACGACUGGGGGGUACCGCACAGGUGGCGAGGCCGUGGUGACGCUCACUGUGACGAGCGAGAGUGAUUCGAGCGUGAAGGCAAGCGCGACCUGCAAGGUGGGUUCGUGA